ACGUGAGACAAACAGACGGCACACGUGAAACUCAAAGGACUCAAACUAAAAAUAGAAAACAAAAGGAGAAAGCAGCCGAAUAGGAAAACCCAAAUAUUAGCAUUAAAAUUAAAAUACUUAGUAAAAUCCAAUUCCAAAAACUUCUCCCUACGAAAAAUUCAUUACCGUAUUUCCCCCGUCUUUAGGGUUUGGAAUCACUAGUAUUUCCUCUCUUUUCCAUGUCUAAAUCUCACACAUCGGAACCCUAAUUAGCGAUGGAUGGAAGCGGCGUCAGUAUAGGAGAACUGGUAGGGAGGGCGUCGACGUCGUAUGAGGCGGCGGGAGGACGGCGGAGGUUUACGGUGGAGCUAAGACCGGGAGAGACUACAAUUGUGUCGUGGAAGAAGCUUCAUAAGGAUACAACUAAUAAUAAUAAGUCUAAUGUUAAUGGUGUCGGUUCUGGCUCCACCAUGUCGGUUGGAGCUGCGGCGAGUGUUCAGCCUCCAGUGCCGCAUCCGUCGCUCGAGGCGCGAUUAGCCCCGGGACAACCUGCUGAUAAGGAAGUCAAGGAUGCACCUGCUGGAAAUCGUUUAAAUUCUGUGAUAGAAAAGAUUGAGCGCCUAUAUGUGGGCAAACAUAGUGAUGAUGAGGAAGAUCUUAAUGAUUUCCCUGAUGACGAUGAAUAUGACACUGAAGAUUCUUUCAUAGAUGAUACUGAGCUGGAUGAAUAUUUUCAGGUUGAUAACUCGGCGAUAAAGCAUGAUGGUUUCUUUGUCAACCGCGGAAAGUUGGAGCGCAUUGAACCAGUUUCACCAAAGAAUCAUCAGCCAAAAAAGAGGAGAAGAAAAGAUCUGGCAAAAAGCCAUUUUGGGGAUGACGAUGGACAUAAUCCAAGUAAACCUGCAAAAGUCGGAAAAAAGGCUGUGAAACCAGUACCAGUUGUUAGUGAAACAUCUCAUCCAUCUCAUGGUGUUGCUUUGCAAAAUGUAUCCCAUGAAGAAAAAUUCCCGAAUCAGUUGAAUGUUUCUGCAGUACCAAUAACAAAGAAAGCUGCAGAUACCCAAAAUAUGUUGGAUCCAUCUCCAUCAGCAGCUUUGCGUGGCAAUUCUGCACAAGAAAAAGACCUUGUCCAGCAGAAAAGUGGAGUUACCCAAUCCAAGAAUCUAGGAGACAAAUCAAAAUAUGGUUCUGAAAUAUCUGGGAUCUCAAUUCCGAUUCAGAGGCUACAUGACAAAAGUUCUUAUGCUCAAGAGAAAUCUAUUGUUGGAAGCUCAGUAAACAUUUCUGACGUAACAGAAGUGUCUGUUCAGCGCCGUGAUGAAAAGUUUAAUGUGAGUGGCUUUGAGGGCAAGAACGCAGCUCAGAUGAUGAAAGUUCCCGCCAUGCAGAGAAAGGAAGGAUCUAGUGGUAGACCAAAAGGUACAAUGCUUGAGAAGGCCAUCAGGGAUUUGGAGAAGAUCGUUGCAGAAUCAAGGCCACCGAAUAUGGAGGUUCAGGAUGCUGAUAAUUCAUCUCAGGCUAUCAAAAGGAGGUUACCACCUGAAAUAAAGCAGAGGCUGGCUAAAGUUGCCAGAUUAGCGCAAGCUAGUCAUGGAAAAAUAUCCAAUGAGUUAACUAAUCGUUUAAUGAGUAUUGUCGGCCACUUGAUACAGCUUCGCACAUUGAAGAGGAACUUGAAAAUCAUGGUCAGUAUGGGGCUGUCAGCAAAGCAAGAGAAAGAUAACAGGGUUCAGCACAUAAAGAGGGAGGUUGCUGAGAUGAUUAAGUUGCGGAUUCCAUUGAUGAAAUCAAAGUUACUUGAACAACAAGCUGGAGCUUCUGAUGACUUCCAAGAAGCGAGUGCUGAAGAGAAAGAAGCCUUUAAGAGAAAAUACAGCAUGGAUUUUGCAAUAGAAGACAAAAUGUGUGACCUUUAUGAUCAUUUUAUUGAGGGCCUGGAUGAAGAUGCUGGUCCACAAAUCAGAAAGUUGUAUGCAGAGCUUGCAGGAUAUUGGCCAAAUGGAUUUAUGGACAACCAUGGUAUUAAACGUGCUAUAUGUAGAGCAAAAGAUAGGAGGAGAGCAGUGCAUGCACGGCGGAAGGACGGCGAGAAAAUUAGGAGGAACAAGUUAGUAGCCACAAAGUUAGAAGAUACUAGUAGAGCAGAUGCUGGACCUAUUGCUCAGUCAGUGCUUAGCCAAGAAAAGAUUGUGGUUGAUCAUUCUUCAACUUCAACAAACAAAGCAGUAUCCAGUACUGCAUCAGUAAAUGUUUCUUCACGAAUUCCUGUUUCCCUAGCUAAUGGUUCUGAUGUGGAUCGUCUAAAGCUGGAGAAACUAAAGGCAGUUUCUGGCAGCUCUGUUGAUCCACGAGGAAUAGAUGCAGUGCCAAAAAAGAAAAUAAAAAGGAAACAAGAGUCAGAAUCGGGUGACAGUCAGUUUCACAGCGAGAAGCUGACUUCCGCACAGACAGAGGAGAAGAACAAAACCAACAAGCAUACUGCUUGUCCUCCUCCGAAACCAAAUAAUGUUGCGCCCUCUAGCUUUGAACAGCUGACAUGAUGUAAGUUCUGCCUUUCGUGGCUUCACUGAUUGCCCCUCCUUUCUAGUUCUGUAAGUAUAUAGUUGUUUAACAUAGCGCAUUACUGAUAAGAAACCAGGUUACUUGUUUUGGAGCUACAGCUGAAGGCACAUUUAGUUUCAUCAUGAAGGCAAAAAGUUAGAAAAUUGUUUCUUUUUGGCA